AUGUGGUUUGGAUGGUACAAGCUCACGAAUGGUAGAUACAUUUCUUCAACGGGUGUUGAGAGAUUAGACACCCAAUAUAGAAAUCCUCCUAAUGAAAACGACCUUUGCUUUACUUAUGAAAAUAGACAGAUCAAUCUUUACACGUGUGAAAAACAGCAUCUCCGCGGUCUGUGUUUUAAACCAAUUGACGUCAGCAAGUGCCUUGGUCAAAAGAUAAAUGGAAACUGCUAUUGGUUGUCAACAGAUGAAUUCAAGAAAGAUCUUGAGGCCCAAUCAGCAUGCGAGAAUGGUUAUGGAGUUUUAGCUGAUUUUGGGAAAAGCCAGGAAAAUGAUACAUGGGCAGAACUUUUAUAUCAUUUUAAUUAUAAAAUGAGAGGGUACAGGGGAAUAUGGUUGGGCUAUCAUGAUAAUCCUUGGUAUGAUAUGUUAGGAAAUAAACUUGAUGUAAGCCAUUGGAAGCACGAUUAUCCAAAAAAUGAAAAAUGUGUUGUGUCUUAUCUCCACGAAAAUGGUUUAUUGAAAGACAAAAACUGUGGAGAAAGCCGAAAAGGACUAUGUGUGAAGCAUACUUUAUAUCCAGGCGAAUGUGUUUUUCAUGUGAACGAUAAGUGUUAUUUCCUAACAGACCCUAGAAAGUCGUAUGUCGCUGAGGUAGAAUGUAGGAAUAAGAAUGCAACGCUGGUGAACAUAACAGAUGCCUUACAAUGGGAAAUACUAAGCACCGAAUUACGGUUUGAAAAACAUACCUUUCUGUAA